AUGAGACAAAAGGAUGACCAACCAUUCACUGGACUUUUAAAUAGAAUCAGAGCAGGAACCCAAACAGAAGCAGAUAUCCAGUGCAUUCAGUCAAGAUCAAUUUCACCGUCUGACUCUAACUAUCCACACGAUGCUCUCCAUAUCUGGGCAGAAAAUCAACCUGUUAAUCAAUACAAUGUAACCAGACUAAAUCAAAUACCAGUACAACAAUACAUUCUUACUGCAAUUGACCAAUACCCACCACAUGUCAGCAAACAAGAUAUUGACAGAGUUUUAGCAAGAAGCAGGUCUGAAACAGGUGGACUAGACUAUCAAAUCUCAAUAAAGGAAGGUUGUAGAGUAAUGUUAACAACAAACAUAGACAUUGCUGAUAGACUGAUAAAUGGUCAGAUGGAAACUGUAAUUAAGAUUGAAGUUGAUGGAAACACUAAAAAGACGAAUAUUGUGUACAUCAAGUUUGAUGAUAGUGAGGCUGGAAAGGAUGCAAUAGCAAAACAUUCAAAUAAUUUUGCUCAUAAUAACCAGGCAGUCCCUAUUGUACCAGUACUAACAAAAAUUAAAGUCAAACCAGGCAAACCUUCAUCGCCGGAGAUUCAAAGAACACAAUUUCCCUUGAAACUAGCCUAUGCAUUUACAGUACACAAGGUCCAAGGUUUAACAUUGAAAAAUGUUGUCAUUAGCUUUGAUCUUCUCAAACAAAGAUCUUUUAACUAUGGCCAAAUAUAUGUUGCACUAAGUCGUUCAACAACAUUACAAGGACUUCAUAUUCUUGGCAAUAUUGAAAUGAAACAUGUCAAGGCAAAUCCAAGGGUAGACAAGGAAUAUGAAAGGUUACGAAAGAUUUCAUCAAUUACAAGCAGUCUUCCUCUGAACAUGAGUUGGCAGUCUCAAAUACUGGUGUCACAGUUAGCCUGUUAA